UAACUACACUCGCUUGAACGGAUUGGUAAAUACCAACCCAAAAUGGUAAAUACCAUUUCCAUUUGGUUAUCCGCUUGAAUUUCAUUCAUAAUUCAUCAAACGUGACAUCAGUGUUGUGACGUGGGUGUCAAGUGUCUCCAAAUUAGGUCUACUUCCAACUCUUCCGAGGGAAACAGGAUACCUGUGCAGCAAAAAAAAGAGAUAAAAACCUCAAAAUACGGCAGACAGUUUUGUUUACCUGCAUUUUGAACUUUACACUCUAGAAAAGUUUAUACAGAUAAGUGGACUUUGAUCUGAUCACUGCCCUCUUGGAUUAGUACGAGACGGAAUUGUUGCAGUCUUCUUGAAUAGCUUCUGGGAAUAAAAGAGAACGGUAAAAUGAAUCCAACUUUUAACAUUAUCAAAAGGAGCCUCUCCACUUCAACUUCUAGAAAUGCAAUCAGUAACAUCACAGUAAUCGGAGGUGGAUUAAUGGGAUCAGGUAUUGCACAGGUAGCUGCAGCAACUGGUCUGAAUGUAACCUUAGUCGAGGUGAAUGCUGAUUUGUUGAAAAAGGCAGAAGAAAGAAUAGCAGACAGCUUAGGAAGAGUUGCUAAAAAGCAGUAUAAAGAUGAUAAAAGUGCUGCUGCUAAAUUUGUUGAUGAAACUAGAUCGAGAAUCAAAGGAAACACAAAUCCAGAAGAUGCUGUGAAGGAUUCCGAUUUAGUUGUUGAGGCAAUUGUUGAAAAACUGGAGGUUAAACAUGAUCUGUUCAAGAAACUGGACAAGGCUGCCCCAGAAAAAACAAUAUUUGCCUCAAACACCUCAUCACUAUCUAUUGGUGAUAUUGCCUCAGUUACAAAUCGCAAAGAUAGAUUUGGGGGUCUGCAUUUUUUUAAUCCAGUUCCUGUAAUGAAGCUUCUGGAAGUUAUUAGGACCUCUGAGACAUCACAAGACACAUACACUGCCAUGAUGGAGUGGGGAAAAUCUAUAGGGAAGGUUUGCAUUACUUGUAAAGAUACUCCUGGAUUUGUUGUCAACAGGUUGUUGGUACCUUACCUUGCAGAAGCCAUAAGAAUGAUGGAGAGAGGCGACGCUUCGGCCCGCGAUAUCGACACGGCGAUGAAGCUAGGUGCAGGCCACCCUAUGGGUCCGCUCGAAUUGGCUGAUUACGUUGGACACGACACCAACUUGCACAUUUUGGAGGGGUGGCACAAAAAAUUCCCUGACAACCCACUCUUCGUGCCAUGCGAAUCCGAGAGGAAACUCGUACAAGAAGGCAAACUUGGCGUCAAAACUGGAGAGGGAUAUUACAAAUACAAUAAGUAAAAUAUACACAGCUUUAUUCAUUAAUCUUGAGACAACUUGUCAUCUUCAUUUCAUUGCAUUAUUUUGGAAGAGGUGGCAUGUACAGGGUGUCCUGAAAGUUGGAACUUUCCCUUUCAGAGUCAUCUGCGUUUGCACUACCAAAGCUAAUUUACGACAAAACAACACCGAAAACUUAAAAAAUAAAUUGAAAAAUAAUCAUUUGGUAUUGAAUUUCAAGUUCUGCCUUCACAUGUUUUGUUUGUAAACACCGCUUGAAGUUAUCGCUGUUCGAUUCAAAAGCACGAGUUUGUUUACCUCUUCCUAAAUUUGCGACAUUUGGGGCUGUUUAGGUCUUCAACUGUGUUCAACCAUCCGGCUUUUGCACGAUAUAAACAUACAUAUACAGCUCUGAUGGAAAAAACACCUAGGACGACGGAGACGUUCUAAAUACACUCGCGAAGUAUCAAUAGGAUCUGGAACAUGCUCAUUGUAAAGGAAAGUGUCAAGUUUGAGAACAUCCUAUAAGAAUAAUGCCAAGUCAUAUAUUCAAGUCAUAUUCCAAAACAAUGCGGAAACAAAUCAAAACGUUAGCUAUUGUCUGAAGACCGUCCAGUGUAACAUUGGCUAUAUUGAAAGCUGAUGAAAACAUUGUGGAAAAUAUCAGAUACGUCUACAGGCUAUGGUGCCUAAUAUGUCUACUAUUUUUAAGAUGAAAGCAGUUUUUUUCACAUUUGUAUACCUUUUUCUAAACAUGGAAAACGCAUGAUUUUCUCGUGAUUCAUAGCAUUUCCAAUGUAUUUGUCAAUAAUAUAUUUAUAUAUUUUUAUUUAACUAUUGAACAGGUCGAAAGAGAUUCGGAAUGUUUUUCUUUUCACUUUGUUGAUCUACUGUGAUUGUUCUAGCUUGAAAUAUUGGGUAGAAAAUGUGUCCAAGACUGUCGCGAAUAAAAAAGACUGGAGUACAUUUUAUAAACUCUGGAAGAAUAAAAUGAGAAAGCAAAUACAGGUUUUAUACAUUUAAAAGUUUUUCAUAUUGUAUUGCAACAAUUAUUGUUAUUAAAGUAUUGUGAAGUACCGGUUGUUUUUAAGU